AUGGACCUACCAAUGGUGAUUAUGUUGGAAAUUCUUUCGAAAUUGCCAAUCAAGUCCAUUUUCUGCUGUAAGGUUGUUUGCAAACUUUGGUAUAAACUUUUAACUUCUGACCCUUUAUUUCUUAACAUGUUUCACAAAAGAUCACCUUUUUCCUGCCUUUUGCUUUCGGACAUUGAUGCACCUAUCACUCUCAUUGAACUCAAACCAGAUUUUGAUUGUUAUUCUUGCCCAGUAAACAAACCCAUUGUGUUAAACCCUAAAUUUCACCUCCCUCCACUUAAUAAUCUUGGUGUUGGUUUUGUUAAACAAACCUUGAGAUUAAUUGGUACAUGUAAUGGGCUUAUUGGGUUGUUAAGUAAGAAUCAUUCAAUUUACGUUAGCAAUCCUCUUUUGGGUGAGUAUUUCAAGGUUAAAUUGCCCGAAAGGGAGAAACGAGUUAGUCAGAUUAUUUAUGGAUUUUGCUUUAGUGAGGUUUCUGGACAGUAUAAAGUAUUGAAAUUAUUAAAUAGGAAAUUCCAGGAUCAUGAUCCUAAAGUAUCUGAAUUGGAGGUUUAUACUCUUGGAGUUGAUGAGAAAUGGAGAAAUGUGGGCAAAGCUCCAUACCCUUUAUGGGGAUCACUUAGCAAGGUUAAUGUGAAUGGUGCUCUUCAUUGGCUAGAUGAUGAAGAUACUGAAAAAGGUGCCAGAAUUUGCUCCUUUAAUAUUACGACAGAAGAGGUGAAGCCCGUGUCAGCUCCACCCGGUCUGAAAACUCUAUCCUUGCUGUUGAUGCUAGCAGAGUUGAGGAAUUGUCUGUGUUUAUCUGAUUAUAGCGAUGAACAACAUGUUGAUAUAUGGUGGAUGAGAGAGUAUGGGGUUGCUGAAUCUUGGACUAAAGAUCGCAUUUUAAUGGAUUCUAUUCCGCGUGAUAUCUGUGAUACUAAAUAUAUACCGACCAUAAUUUGGAAAGAUGGAGAAAUCUUGAUGCGAAGCCAUCGUGGCACACAACUCGUUUCUUACAACCCAAAAGAGAAGAAGUUCAGGAAGGUUCAUGUUUACGGUUGUGGCAUUGACGCGACUAAAUACGUUCCAAGUUUUUACUCACUCAAUCCAAGUUUUUACUCACUCAAGACUGUCAUGGGGGACGAUUUUCAAGUGUCAAGUGUUUAUCCGAUGACUGAGAUAAAAAAAGGGUAG